AUGGGAGCUGGGGUGGCAUUCAUCCUUGCCAUAUCACUGUUGAUGAGCUACACCAUUAUGGCUUUAGGAUACUGGGAAGAAUCAAAGCCAUCAGAGAUACGUGUAGCUGGAAAAGUUAUGUGCCAGGAUUGCACCCAAGGGUGGAACAAAUGGGUUCAAGGUGCCAAGCCCAUUAAAGGUAGUGUGGUAUCUCUAACAUGCAUGGACAAUGUGAGAAGCAAAGUCGUGCACUAUGCAAGGGACACGACUGAUGAGUUGGGCCAAUUCGACUUUAGUGUAAACUUGGAUGUUUGUCGGAAAAAAAUCGACCCUAAGAGGUGCCGUGCAAGGCUAGUGUCGUCGCCUGACCCAAGUUGCAACAUUCUUACUGAUUUUGCCGGCGGCCUGACCGGCGUUAAACUGAGCAGCCCUAGCUCAGUAUACCGCAACACCAUUAAAUACGACCUUGGCUCGUUCUACUUCACCAGUCCAAUGUGUAAGAAACCUGAUUAUACUAGCAAUAAUUCCCAAGAUGGUAAUGGCUAUGGAAACAAAGGCCACUACUGA